AUGAAUAAUCAGGUGGACAAAGGUGAGUCGGUUGAUAUUGUGUAUCUGGACUUUCAGAAAGCCUUUGACAAGGUCCCUCAUCAGAGACUUUUGGCAAAACUAAAGAGUCAUGGGAUAGGAGGCAGUGUACUAUUGUGGAUCAGGAACUGGUUAAAAGAUAGAAAGCAGAGGGUAGGGCUAAAUGGCCAAUUUUCCCAAUGGAGAAAGGUGAAUAGUGGUGUACCCCAGGGAUCUGUGCUGGGUCCGCUGCUUUUUGACAUAUUCAUAAAUGACCUGGAAAGUGGAAUAACGAGUGAGGUUAUCAAAUUUGCAGAUGACACAAAACUAUUUAAAGUUGUUAAAACCCAAGAGGAUUGUGGAAAAUUGCAAGAGGAUCUUGAUAAAUUGGAAGACUGGGCAUCAAAAUGGCAGAUGAAAUUUAAUGUGGACAAGUGCAAAGUUAUGCACCUAGGAAAGAACAACCCAAACUAUGGUUACACGAUGCAAGGUUCCACAUUAGGAACCACCACCCAGGAAAAAGAUUUAGGCGUCAUUGUGGAUACCAUGUUAAAACCCUCGGCCCAGUGUGCAGCGGCAGCCAAGAGAGCAAAUAGAAUGCUAGGUAUGAUAAGGAAAGGAAUGGAAAAUAAAACAAAAGAUAUUAUAAUGCCUCUAUAUCGUUCCAUGGUGAGACCGCACCUUGAAUAUUGUGUGCAAUUCUGGUCGCCGUAUCUUAAAAAGGAUAUAGCGUUAUUAGAAAAGGUUCAGAGAAGAGCCACCAAAAUGGUAAAGGGGAUGGAAGGAUACUCCUAUGAAGAAAGGCUAAAAAGGUUAGGGCUCUUUAACCUGGAAAAGAGACGGCUGAGGGGAGAUAUGAUAGAAGUCUAUAAAUUAAUGAACGGAGUGGAACGGGUAAACGUAGAUCGAUUGUUUACGUUAUCAGAAUAUAGAAAGACUAGGGGACAUGCAAUGAAGCUACAGGGUAAACUAUUUAAGACUAAUAAAAGAAAAUAUUUUUUCACUCAACGUGUAAUCAAACUCUGGAAUUUGUUACCGGAGGAUGUAGUAAAGGCUGUUAGUGUAGCUGGGUUUAAAAAAGGUUUGGACAAGUUCCUGGAGGAAAGGUCCAUAAACCAUUAUUAA